AUGGCUACUCAGAUGGCUUCUGUUAUCAACUCCGGUUCGGCUACAGCUCGUCAGCCAGCUGCUGUCUCUGGCUCCGGCGGGAGAAAUCCUGACCGGAACAAUGGCGACCGGCGCGGUCCUGGCGAGGGUAAGGUGAAGAAGGCAAAGAAGGCUGUGACUUUCCAGAACCAGGAAGCUCCUCCCCCUCCCCGUCCUCCUAGCUCGCAAAAUCGUCCUCGAAUGGAGGGCCCAAACAGUCGAGAGCGUCGUGCAGAACGACGGAGGCUGCAGCGCCUGCAGCAGCAAAUAGAGGAGGAUCAGCAGCGCCAAUUACAAGGCCAGGAGGAUGAACGGGAGCAACAGGUUGAUUCGCCUCAGGGUGAAGAGAAGGACACUACUGGUGAGGCCGAUCGCCUGUGA